AAGCGCCUUUUACAGUCAAGGUGACGCACCCCUGCUGGAGCAGCAGCUGGGUCAGCGGGACGACGGGACACGGCCACAGUUCCCCAGAGGGAUCAGAAUGGACCUCUGCCACACAGACCCAAUGGAGCUGAGCAGUGGGGAGGCGGAGGAGCUGCAGCGCAUCAAGUGGCACCGGAAGCAGCUUCUGGAGGACAUCCAGAAGCUGAAGGAUGAGAUCGCAGAUGUGUUUGCCCAGAUUGACUGCUUCGAGAGUGCGGAGGAGAGCCGCGUGGCCCAGAAGGAGAAGGAACUGUGCAUCGGGCGCAAGAAGUUCAACAUGGACCCCACCAAGGGCAUCCAGUAUCUCAUUGAGCACAAGCUGCUGACCUCCAACGCCCAGGACAUCGCCCAGUUCCUGUACAAGGGCGAGGGCCUCAACAAGACAGCCAUUGGCACCUACCUGGGGGAGAGGGACCCCAUCAACCUGCAGGUCCUCCAGGCCUUUGUGGACCGUCAUGAGUUCGCCAACCUCAACCUUGUCCAGGCCCUCAGGCAGUUCCUGUGGAGCUUCCGGCUGCCUGGGGAGGCACAGAAGAUUGACCGGAUGAUGGAGGCCUUUGCAGCCCGAUACUGCCUCUGCAACCCAGGGGUCUUCCAGUCCACAGACACCUGCUACGUGCUGUCUUUCUCCAUCAUCAUGCUCAACACCAGCCUCCACAACCCCAACGUCCGGGACAGGCCACCUUUCGAGCGCUUUGUGUCCAUGAACCGUGGCAUCAACAAUGGCAGCGACCUGCCUGAGGAACAGCUUCGGAAUCUCUUCGACAGCAUCAAGAAUGAGCCUUUCUCCAUCCCUGAGGACGACGGCAAUGACCUCACCCACACCUUUUUCAACCCAGACCGGGAGGGCUGGCUGCUCAAGCUGGGGGGCCGCGUGAAGACAUGGAAGCGCCGCUGGUUCAUCCUGACUGAUAACUGCCUCUACUACUUCGAGUUCACCACCGACAAGGAGCCACGGGGAAUUAUACCCCUGGAGAACUUAUCAGUGCAGAAGGUGGAGGACCCCAAGAAGCCAUUCUGCCUGGAGCUCUACAACCCUGGCUGCCGGGGCCAGAAGAUAAAGGCCUGCAAGACGGACGGGGAUGGCAAGGUGGUGGAAGGCAAGCACGAGUCUUACCGCAUCUCAGCCUCCAGCGCCGAGGAGCGUGACCAGUGGAUCCAGGCCAUCCGGGCCAGCAUCACCCGCGUCCCCUUCUAUGACUUGGUCUCUGCUCGGAAGAAGAAGAUUGCCAGCAAGCAGUGAGCUUCCUGGAGGUGGUACCUGGGGCCAGGCAUCCUGAGAACCCUGUGACUGUGACACCUGGAGACCCAGCCCCCAUCCUGUACAUACCUUCCUGGCCACAGACAUUGUCCCUCUCCCCCCAUGACCUCACACUGACUAUAGGAGGGGAGGCAGAGCCAAGGAGGGUAAUGGGAACCUCAGGGGGCUCAGAGCCUGGCAGUAAGAUGCACCCAGCCACAGCCAAGAAAGGCCCAGGCCCCUGCCCCGAGUUCACUACAGUGAAGGUGAGGGGAGCAGUUGAAGGGAAACCAGCCCCAGAACCCAGCAUCGCGUCUUCUCUCUGGACAUCUCUGAAGUAGCUCCUUGCACUCUGGAGCGUUGUCAGCUCUCAGUGCAGGAGGGGCCGUGGGGUCCUUGGGUGCCCCUGCCCUCCUGCCCCUCCUCCUGCUCAGGGGGUAUCUCUGUCAGCUCUUCCACUGUCCUCAGGUUGAGCUUGGCCCUGCCUGCCUGAGCAGAGCUCAGCACACACAGGAACACACCCACACGCAUACACACGUGCAUAGCUCAGACCCAUGGACAGGACCACUGGGAGAGAAUCCAGGAGCACUGGACUGGGAGCCCAGACCCUCAGUUUCAGUCCCAGCUCUGCCUCUGAUCUGCUGUGUGCUCUCUGCCAAGUCACACUCCUCCUCUGGAGCUUGCAAAACUGCGGUGUUUGAGCUGGAAACAUCCUGGUCCUACCAGCUCUGGACCCCAGCAUUCCAGCCAGAAAUGCCACACUUGCUCACUGAGCCAGCGAGACUCUGGAUAAGAGGCUCUGGGAAAGAGAACAGCACAGUCGACAGCAAGAAUGUCCCUUUGAAGGAGAGAAGCAGCUGGGACCCCUCAAAGAUGUAACAGAGAGCAUCUCAGACAGAGGGGACUCAAACAAGGUGGGCACUACAGCCAAGAAGAGAGCACUUUGCGGUCUGCGGUUACCAGGAGGGCUGCCUGGAGGUGGCAGCUGAGCCAACAAGUGACACAGGGCUCCUGCUUGCAGAGGCAGAGUCUCCACUGAGAGACCACUGACCAGCAGUUCCAGGGUGGUGAGGCACAGCCGAGUGGGACCCAGCAUCUUGAGACCCACUGCAGCAGUGUCAGAGUAGAGCUGACUUCCCAAUACGCAGCAGCCAGCUCCAUCUCCACUAAUAGGAAGCGCUUCUCACAACUCAAACAGGCCCUGGGGAACCCCCUACAGAGAAGCUGGCAGAGGAACAGGAAGUGAGUUUGCCUCUGCCCCACUGCCAGCCUGAGUGAACAAGCCAGUGGGAGCAGAAGUCUUCCCCAGGAGGAAACACAGUCUUGCGAGGCACCUCCCACCCCCACAUAUGCAUACCUUCCCCAGGGUCAGGAUGGAGUAGCUGCCUUGUGAGGUGGUGAGAUCCCUGUCUCUGGAGGUAUGCAAGGUCCAGUAGUGAUAUUGCACUGGAGAAGAUCUGAUUUGGGUGCCCAUAGGAGGAGGCCUUGCUGGACAGUUUGAGGAUUUCCACUGACUCAUAUCAGCCUGUGAGCUGAGCCCCACCUCUGCUGCCUCAUUUGGCCUGUGAAGGGGCAGCUGGGGGUUGUGGAAGGAGCGCUGGGCUAGGGAUCAGGGGGUCAGACGUCCUCUCUUGCCUCUGGCACACAUCAGCUAUGUGCCUUAGUCUAUUCCCUUCCCCUUUCUGGUCCUCAACUUCCCCCACUGUGGAGCGGAUGGCAUCAGUGAUUUUCUAGGUGUGAAUGGCUGUUCUAGGAGUCACUCAAAAGUAAGAAUAGGGCGGCGCCUGUGGCUCAAACAAGUAGGGCGCCGGCCCCAUAUACCAGAGGUGGUAGGUUCAAACCCAGCCCAGGCCAAAAACUGCAAAAAAAAAAAAAAAAAAGAAAGAAAACAUUUUUUAUGGCUCAAAAAAGUGAGAAUAAAGCUCAUGAUCCCA